GGUUCAAGUCUUAAGCUCAUUUGCACAUACAUAGUACACUUGUACAAGAUGGUGCUAUGGUUACAGUCUCGUUUUGCUGUGAUACUAAUUGUCCUAAACUAUUUGACUUGUGCCAAAACUGAGAAUGAUUUGCAAACGAUUUCCUCAUCCUCGAUGGAUCUUAUGCAGAGAGGACUUCAAAGCUAUUGUGCCAAAUUACCCUUCUGUCGAUAUAAAAAAAUUCUAACUGCUCUGAAAGAUAGUUUUAAUCUCAACUCAGAAUCUUCAAGUUCAAACUAUAGUAAUAUGAAACAAGUGAAAAAAAACCUGGCAACAGAUCGACAGACAGAAGUCCUCGAAGGAGGUGAAAGUUUUGAAGGUGGAGAACUACCAUCAUCGGCAGAUAGUGGAUUAGUAUUGGAAGAUUUGGAGAAGAAUGAUUUAGCCAUAAACUCAUACGAUGAUUUGGACCUUUUUAAACCAGACGAAGCCAAGAGAGGAAACAGUUUACCAAGUAUUGGAUGUGAUUGCAAAGUAAAGAACGAACUUCUUGACCUUGGCCAUUUGUACUAUCCACGUUACCUGUUCAACGCAGUUUGCCACAAGGAUGACCGAUCUUUUGAAUACACUCCCAAGUGUUUGCCUGGAUCUCAAUGCAGACCACUUGAAUACAAAGUGCGUGUCCUUACACAUCGUUCCCAUAACGAUCAUCUACACAAGGACCCAUCUGCUUCUCUUCUACCCGAUACCCUUCGAUCAGUUUGGAAAUUUAAAACUGUCACAAUUGCUGCCGGAUGCUUCUGUUCUUGACUUCUUAUUGAAUCCAUAACGAAUUUCGAAAACUUAUCAAUAUCAAUGUUAUAAUAAAAAAUAAGUGUUAUCCAAAAUUGUAAACAAAAAAAAAAACAAAAUCAAGAACAAAUUAAAUGAACUGAAUACUUAAAUAUUCA